UUGAGAGGCCACACCACCUAACCACUUUGUUUCCAUGCACCUUUAUAUAUGUUUGUAUAGCAUCUUUUCUAAGAAAUAUGAUCUCCACAGCUGAAGCCACAUCAUGAAGCUUCUGUUUCUAUCUUUUUGUGUGUGGAAACUCUUAGAUUAAGUUGAUGAAAAAGCAGAGCAGCCCUUAGCUUUAUUUAGAGAGGAAGGGCGUGGGAUGUGGCCAUGAGGCUUAAGGCUGGUAUAGUGUACAUACGCCCGUGGUUGACCUCAGAGGCUUGUCGCUGUGUACGACGCUUCGACAGCCUCUUUUUGUCCUGACAGACACCAUCGCUCAAUCAAACGGGGCGGGCCACCCGGGCCAUUUCUAUAUAUUUAGUUGUGGUGGGUGAAAUGUCAACGGAAUUGAAAUCCGCAACCCUGCAUGGAAUAAGUGGUAAGCCUAUAGAUCAUAGUGCCCAACUCAGGCCCGGGGGCCAAAUUUGGCCCCUGCUGCAAUUUCAUCCAGCCCAUGGAUGAACUGUUUGGAAAACAGCACUAAAGAAUUAGUCCAGAAUAAAUGUCCUCAGUUCUUCAAAGAUUACAACUUGUAUUUUGACUUAAUUUUAAUAAAAUGUUUAUCUAUACCAUUUUAUUUUUUUAAAUAACUGUUGUCUGGACAUGUAGGUUGAGAGACAUUUUCCAGACGCAUGGCAGCACAGCAAACCACACAGUUUUCCUCAAGGACCGUUUGCUUCUGAGUGGCAGCAGAGACGAGCUGUGUGGUCCCGCUUGUAGAUGCAACACACAAGCUGAUGAUUACGACGGACGAUAACAGCAGUGGUGAAUAACUUAUCAGGUCGGCUGACAAGGGGCUCCGCUUCUUCCCUCAGCUGCAUUUAAUUACAGGAGCACUACGCAACUUUGGACAAGUGGAUGUGGGACUAGAAGUUGAUAGAGCGUCACUAUUUUUAAAGUGUUUUUUUUUUUUGGAGGGGGGCGUGGACGUUGGAGGAGCUGCAGUGAGCAUGUUGCCUCUUGGCGGCAGUUCCAGCGUGUAGUGAGUGAUGUGCACGCCGUAGCUUUUGCAGGAAAUCUUUGAAUUGCUUCCGUAUCUUUUGCGGACUUUACGGAAACUGGUCGCGCAAGUCUUUUAAGCGACGCUUUGUGGGGAUUAUUCGAAGGUGGAAGUAGCAGUUUUGAACCAAAAGUGAGGAGCUGUUAUUUCAUUGUGUCAACAUUGGCAGGUGUUGCGUUCGCGUUCACUUUCGCCAGCUCAACGGAUUAUAACCUUACCUUUUUGGAGGAAAGAAGGGCACAAAAUGUGUUUAAUCGUAUCACUUGUAGUUUAAUUCUCUUGGAAUGAUGCGUUCAAGACGCCGGGUGGGACUGUGACUUUCUUCUGCACUCCGUGAAGGCACCACCGCUGAUAAGAAGCAUGACAAACACCGGACCUGUCAUAGUCUACGAGUGGCUCAAGACCCUCCAGUUGGCCCAAUAUGUCGAAGCUUUCGUGGACAACGGCUAUGACGACCUGGAGGUGUGCAAACAGAUCGGCGACCCCGACCUGGACGCCAUCGGGGUCUACGUCGCGCACCACCGGCAGAGGAUCCACGACGCGGUGCGCCGGCUCAAAGAGGAAGCCAAAGACGCGGCGAACGGACUGUACUUCACCCUGGAGCCCAUGCCGACCACCGGACACAUGCGAGCCUCCAAGUCGUGGACUGAGGCCAGCAGCGAGCGAGGCGGCCGAGGGGUGGGCUACAUGGGGGCGCAGAGGAACCUGACCCUGGGCAACAACAGGAGGGAGAUUGUCAUCUACCCCAAGCUGAAGCUCAAGAUCAUGAUCCGGGAUAAACUCAUCAGAGACGGCGUCAAUCUGGCCAGACACCCCUACUCCAAUAAGGAUGGUUCACUGGGCAACAUAGAUGACCUUGCUCAGGAGUACUCUGAGUAUUACAACACCUGCUUCAGUGACGUCAGCGACCGCAUGGAGGAGCUACGCAAAAGACGAGUAUCCCAAGAGCUUGACAUGGAGAAACAGGACCCAAACAAUGUGUCUCUGCAGCUUCGCACUGAGAUCCAGGAGUCACUGGGCUUCAGCAGUGAAGUGUCCACUCCAGAAACAGACAGAAAGAUGUCCCUGCACAAAUCCAGCUCUGAAGAUGGAUCAGGAGGUAAAUGGGACAACAAGAAAAAGAACAAGUCCUUCUGGCAGAACUUCCGCAAGUCUCAGCACAAGCCCGUUGUCCGCCAGACCUCCAAAGGUGAGGACAUUGGCUACGUGGCCAGUGAGAUCACCAUGAGCGACGAAGAGCGAAUCCAGCUGAUGAUGAUGGUGAAAGAGAAGAUGAUCACUGUGGAAGAAGCUCUUGCGCGGCUGAAGGAGUAUGAGCGCAGCAGACAGUCCGGCAGUACUGACACUGCAGAGUGGGCUGACGGAUCUGCAGCCAGUCUAAACCAGUCCUCAAACUGCAACCAGUCUCGCGAGCAGUCUGACGACGAACAAUCGGAGGAUUCUGUGAAGUUCAAGCGCCUUCACAAGCUGGUUAAUUCUACCCGUCGGGUCAGGAAAAAACUCAUUAAGGUGGAAGAGGGCAAGAAGCAUGGCUCUGAAGACUUCCUAAAUGUGGAGUCCGUCCUCACCUGUGACGACAACACAGCCUUGUACACAGGGGUCCUGAAGAAGACGACCUUGUCCCAGGAAGCCGCCCUCAGCCAGGAUCAACUCUCUGUGGAUGGCGACACCGACAGCUUGACCACCUCGCCUUCAUCCAGCAGCCUGGACACCUGGUCUGGACACCGGCUGGUCAAGACCUUCAAUAAGUCUUCCAGUACCCACGGCCUCAUCCGCCCCCCGAGGAGGACCCCCCAGAGCGGUCUCGGGAGCUCCAUCUCCGGCGUAGGAGGUAGCGGAUCCUCCUUCUCUGAGCUGGAUGGCUGUGGAUUGGACGACGAGGGGAAGUUAUCACGCUCCACGACCGACGGAGAGAUGCGGAAGGCCCUGAGCUCCAUCUCCCACGGGGUAAGUAACAACGAGGCCCUGUACGCCUUUUACGGACUCACCAAACCUCGCCCCAAAGCCCAGUCCCGCCGCCUCAUCUCCCUGGACGAUGACCCCCUCCAAGGCAGCCCCAAGUAUCACACUGCCACCCGGCACCACGGCAGCUGGACACACAGGAAACCCGACCCCAACUACUCAUAUUCCACCAAACACCUCUUGUACCAACGUUCGCGCAACUCCAAGAACCCCGUCUCCCCCUUGUGUGUCACCCCUUCAUCCCCUGCUCGCAGCGACGUAGCCAAAUCGAAAGGUUUCGGCGUGGGAGGGGGCUGGGUGUUCCCCCCUCGCAGGCUGCGGGGUCGAAGCGCAGUCAGCGAGCUGAACAUCACCUACGUGGUAGAGCGGAGCCUGUACGGUCACCUCAACUGGGCCCAGCUGGUCCGCCCGGUGACUCUCAGCCGCGCUGAGCGCCGUUGUCUGUUGGAGGAGGACCGCGAGGCGGACAGGAAGUGGGCGGCCAGCGUGGACCGCUGCACCAAGCGCGUGCUCUUACGCAUCCAACAGAAGUCUAGAACAUGCAGCUUCGGUGGCUUCGACCUGUCCAACCGUUCCCUCCAUGUGCUCAACACAGAAGCCCAUAAUAAAGAGCAGGAGGCAAUAUACAGGGAGGUGGUCAAGUCCCCCACCACCUCUCGGAUCUCACUGGGCAAGAAGGUCAAGUCUGUGAAGGAGACCAUGAGGAAGCGGAUGUCCAAGAAGUACAGCAGUUCUUUGUCUGAGCAGUCCAGUCCAGAUGGAACACCCGGUUCUCCACAGUCCCCCCAGCCUGACAGUGACUCCCUGGAGAAGCCCAAGCUCAAGGCUGGCGGUUCAGUGGAAAGUCUUCGCAGUUCUCUGAGCGGCCAAAGCUCAAUGAGUGGCCAAACCGUGAGCACCACCGACUCGUCUGCCAGCAACAGAGAAAGCGUCAAGUCGGAGGACGGCGAUGAUGAGGAACCGCCUUACAGGGGUCCUUUCUGCGGCCGCGCACGAGUCCACACGGACUUCACGCCGAGUCCUUACGACACAGACUCCCUCAAACUGAAGCGGGGUGACGUGAUCGACAUCAUCAGCAAGCCGCCCAUGGGCACCUGGAUGGGUCUGCUCAACAACAAGGUGGGCACCUUCAAGUUCAUCUACGUGGACGUGCUGAGCGAGGAAGAAGAGAAACCCAAGCGGCCGGUGAGGAGGCGGAGGAAGGGCAGACCACCCAAGCCCACGUCCGUGGAGGAGCUGCUGGAACGCAUCAACCUCAAGGAACACAUGCCGACGUUCCUGUUCAACGGCUACGAGGACCUCGACACUUUCAAGCUGCUGGAAGAGGAGGACCUGGACGAGCUGAACAUCAGAGACCCUCAACACAGAGCUGUGCUGCUCACGGCUGUAGAGCUGCUGCAGGAAUAUGACAGCAGCAGCGAUCCAGAGCGCGGAGGCGGCCUGUCGGGCUCCCAGGAGAAACUUCUGUCCGGGGGACAGGGUCUGGUCGGAGACUCGCCACGGGACUCCGGUUGCUAUGAGAGCAACGAGAACCUGGAGAACGGUAAAAGUAAGAGGACGUCCCGUUCUGGUCGCUCUUCCGCGGGCCAGUCUCCGGACUAUCCGACGCUCCCGAUGACUAUCUCCAGUGAGGCGUUGCAGCAGAACAUCAAGAAUCAGCGUCCAAAGUUCCCUAAAAGCUUGUUCAGCAAGCCGUCCCUGAAGGCUUUCAACCUGCUGGGGCUCCGUAAAGCCCAAAGACAUUCGCCCAUCCCGGCCAGUCGAAGCUGUGAGGACCUGGAUGAAACCUUCCAGCCAAACGGAUCGUGGAAACGCUCCCACUCUCUGGGAGACCUGCACUGGGAACAGACGGAUGUGGAUGGUCGAGCUGGUCUGGAAGGGCUCAGUUUGGACACCGGUAGCCCCACUAAGGUCUGUAGAGACGAGAGUUCUCUGAAUCGUAACAGGACUCCACCUGUGAGUCCAAAACCAAGGCUUGACAGACCACCUGUGCCCUCGCAGUUGCCUCUACGACCCCCUUGUCCCACCACCCAAGCCCCCUCCCCUCCAGUGCCAACUCCAAGUCCCCCUGAGUCCAAUACAGGUCAUGAGAGGGUGGUGCGGACUCAUGCCAAAAAGCCACCAGUACCACCUCCUGUCCCUGCUAAAAAGUCCAGAGAAAGACUCGCCAACGGUCACUCCCCCCUCUCCCUACCUUCCUCGCCAUCCCCCGCCCCCUCCCCGACGCACUCGCUCACCCGCUCCCACCCAAGCAGCCCCGUAACUCGCUGCAGCGCCACUCCACCGCCGCUGCCCGCCAAGACACCGAGCACCCCCAGCAGCCCCUGCAUCACUUCGUCGGCCUUGUCCCCCGGAGGAGAAGAUGCGGGUGUUUCUGUGACGCCCCCUUGGCUCUCAGACCUGGGGGGUAAGGUGGCCGUGUCAAGAAAGGCAUCCCAUUCCAAGAUGAGUCCCGACCUGCUCACCUUGCUGGAGCAACGGCUUGAGGCUGAGGGUAUCGAUCUCACAGAGGAGCCUUACUCAGACAAGCAUGGCCGCUGUGGUAUCCCCCAGCCUCUGGUGCAGCGUUACUCCGAAGACCUCCAGCAUCCCGUAAAGGAAGUGGCCUCCAUCAUGGACCAGCUGAGGGUCCGGGAACUGCGCAAACAACACCGCAUGGCUAUCCCUUCUGGUGGUCUGACUGAAAUGUGCCGCAGACCGCCGGUGUCCGGCAAUAUCAGCACCGUCUCCGACUGGCUGGUCGCUAUCGGCCUCCCCAUGUACACACAGGCUCUCGCGGUGGCGGGCGUCGACUCUAUGAGCGCCGUGGCCUCGCUGACGGAGAGCGGCGCGUGGGAGGCCGGGGUGCGGGACGAAGGACAUGCCCGCCGCAUGAUCGGCGAAGCCCGGCUGGUCGCUGCGCGCAGGGACGCUCAGUCGUAAACAAACGUGUUCAGGAAUCAGACUGAUGAAGGGAGCGUAGAACUCAUCCUGUUGUUUACCGCAACUUGGGAUCAUCCUGGAUGCUACAAUGAUGCCUUUUUUUUUUUUUUGUAGUGAGGGAAACUUUCUUACCGAAGACCCCAAAAUAAAGAAUCUGCCUUGGAGGAAGAUAGCACAUCAUUUUGUAGGAUUUUUUAAAAAGAUACUUCACAAGUGCUUGGAACUCUUGUGAAGAGGGUAUUUGAAGGAAGUAGCACCGCCAAAGUGACAAACUAAACACAAUAAAUAUCAACAUGUGGCUGACUUAUAUUCUAUCAUUUUUCUGUAUUAUACAACGCUUCAUUUCCAGGCUUAAAAAGCACAUUUCCGCUAUAUCCAAGCACAUUUUCACUAUAACAUUGCCUUAGCAUUAAGUAUGAAUGAAUGAGUGUUUAUCAUAGCCUUUUUUUUUAUUAAUUGAAUCUGCCAGAAACUUGAUUGGUGUUUUACGAUUUUAAAAAAACCCACUUCAUAUAACAACACAUUUGGAAAUAAAUAUGCAAUUUCUACACAGUGGAACCUCUAAAAGUCAGUGUCAUGAUACAAUUCACUAGUUGCACCCACCUUGGGAAGCAAUGCUGCUGGAGCACAACACGUUGGGUUCAACGUGCUUCAAAGGGUUAAAUCUGCUUUUUCUUCUUCCAAACUGUGCGUUUCUAGGAGAAGACAUACGCUCAAAGACAAGUUGGUCAUUGUUUUUAUGUUUUACAGUUAGGCACUGAAGGAAAAAGUGAGGAGCAUCAACUGAUUUUGCCUUUCUCGCCAAACCUAAGAUCAUACGCAUUGUUACUUAUCAAAGGUACAAUCUGUUUGAGCUUUUUUUGUGGUUAACUUCUUUUUACACUUUGACAGUUACAAACAUGGAAGAAAAUUAUGCACAGGCAUGGUUACUUAUGGAAGGUAGAGCAUUUUUGUGGGGCUUUCUUCCAUUUUAUUUUCUAGGUUUGAAGGUUUUAUUGUAUGUUUUCUACAACUUAACUUCUUUUUAAUGUAGAGCAUUAUCAAAGGUAGAGCAUUUUCUGUUUUGUUUUUUUUUGGUACAUUUGCAGUGGUUAAUGUCAACACAAUUAAGAAUGUUAAGAAAUUAGAUGACUGAGGCACAAAUCAACUUUGCAUCAUACGUUGGUGAGAAGGUGUGUUUUAUUAGCCUUAGCAUCCCAGGCAUUAGUUGAUGGCUGGGCUAGCGCAAGUAUGGCCGGCUCGAGAAAAUGUCCAAAUCUGCCCCACAAAUUUGACUUUAGAGGUUUCACUGUGCACGCUAGCUGCUUGCAUUUUGCAGAGCCACAGAAAAUGACCCCUUAAGGCAGGGGUGUCCAAAGCUUAUUUUUUUAUUUCCCUGUGGAAUAUUGUAAAUAUGACAUAAAACAAUAAAAGAAAAACACAUUUGUUGCAAGAAAAACUUGAAAUGUUAUCACACUAAUUGCAAUCAUUUGCCUUGUCGCCUAUAACGCAAUGAUGCAGACUGGGUUUUUUUUUUGUUUUGUUAAUAUACUUAACUGUUGAGCAUAUAUUCACACUGGAUUGUUUGUAGUUUUUGAUAGGUCACUUUUGGACACCCCUGACCGAAUACAUACCGCCAGCUAGACUGUAACUAGUGUUAAAAAUCAGGGAAAAAGUGACAACAACAUAGAAGCAUCCUUUAUUUUAACCUUCUUCGCUUUUAUUCCCACAAUCAUUUUCAUGCUUUUUUUCCCCAGUCAACAGCCUUGCUCUGCAAAACCAUGUUCUGUUUUUUUGUUUGUUUUUUUUUACAAGCAACCCAAGAAGUUUGGUAAGGACUAAAAUAAAAAAAGACUGACACUGUAAAUGCACUUUAGAAGGGUGACUUAAUCUAGCUGCAACAUGCCAAGUGGGACAACUCAAUGAGUGAUAACCUUUUCCAAUCUAGCAAUCUUGAUUACAUAUAUGAAAUUCUCUAUGUGUAAUUGAUAUUUAAAUAAGUUAUUUCCCCCCCGUUUAGCUGUACAAUAUGAAUAGCAAUACCUUCCUGCAUAAUGCAUAUUGCUUUAGCCGGUGAGGAGCUAUCCAGUGUGUAAUUGUAACAUAGGUGUACAAAGGAUUCCCUUUGCUUUUCAGCUACUUCAUGAUUGUCCAUACAGAUUUUGCUUGUGUAUAGAAAUAAUAUUAAUAAAACAGUAAUGUCCAUAACUAUUUGUCAUUCUCAACUAUAAUAAACUGUUUUGUUGA